AAUAAAACAAGAUGGACGGUAUACAGCACAAGACGGUGCAGACGAAUGGGCUCAACCUCCAUAUAGCAGAAAAGGGUGAAGGCCCAUUGGUCUUGUUUCUCCAUGGCUUCCCUGAGCUCUGGUACUCCUGGCGUCACCAGAUUAUAUAUCUGGCAGAUCAUGGUUAUCGAGCCGUGGCACCAGACCUCCGUGGCUAUGGAGACACAACAGGUGCACCAGUCAACGACCCCACCAAGUUCACCAUUCACCAUCUGGUGGGUGACUUGAUUGGACUUCUUGAUGCCAUCACAAACGAAGAUGAAAAGGUGUUUAUUGUGGGUCAUGACUGAGGUGCCAUCAUUGCUUGGCACCUGUGUAUGUUUAGGCCCGAUAGAGUCAAAGCUCUGGUAAACUUAAGCGUUCCGUUUGUGCCGUGGAACCCAAAUGGAGACAUGGUCGAGUUGUUGAGAGCUGCAUAUGGUGAGGAUCACUACAUGACU